AUGAUGCAACCAGGGCAUUUAAACAGCAGGAAACUGUUUAAUGGCGUAAAAGGGCUAUCAAAGCUGAUGGAAUUGCCAUACUUUGAUAUUGUUAGAGGAUUUCCAGUUGAUAACCUUCAUUGUGUCGAUCUUGGUGUAUCACGGCAACUUGGUCAUCUUUGGUUUGACUCUUGUAACCACCAGGAACCUUGGUAUUUGGGCAGGCAUAUUGCGGAGAUUGAUGCUAAACUUCGACAAAUAAUACCUCCCCAUGAAGUUGCUUUGGAAAAUGUAAUAGAAGGCACUUCAAGUCUGUUGCAAACAUUCUUGGACACAACAGCAAAGAAGUUGGUUGAUGCAAGGAAAAAUCAUCAUUCCGAAGAAAAGGACUUCUCAGAAAUCAUUACUGAAACCUUAUUAAAUGAUGUUAAAAGCCCAUUUAAUGGAUUGGACACCCAUUUCAAACAGACUCUUGCAAAAGUUAUCUUCAGAAAGCCUAACACAUGUAAUGAUGAAAUCUUGUAUGAUAUAUGUGAUGGUGAAUUCUUUAAGAAUGAUAGACUUUUCGUUGAUCACAAAGAUGCUUUGAUAAUUAUAAUUUAUCAUGAUGCAUUAGAAGUGUGUAAUCCUCUCAGUAGUCAUACAGGAACCCAUAAGGUCGACAUGUUCUAUUAUACAUUGGGAAACCUCAGUCCAAAGAUUCGGUCAAAGCGGUGUGCUAUUCGACUGUUGGCAAUCGUAAAGUCGAAUUUGGUCAAGAAGUAUGGCUACAAUGCUAUUCUGAAACCAAUUAUUUCAGAUAUAAAGAAGUUGGAAAGUGGCCACUUGUUCCAAGUUUGUGGAAAAGAAAAGGAAGUCUUUGGCAAGGUUGUUUCAUGUGCUGGGGACACUGAGGGUCAGCAUGAGUGGGGUGGUUUUAAAGUUGAUGUUGGAUUUUCAUUCCACAAAUGUCAUCAUUGCCAAUGCCAUUUUGAAGCCAUGCAGGAGAAAUUUUUUGAAGAAGAUUUCACAGUAAGGAAUAAAGAAAUGCAUGACAGACAUUGCCAAGAAAUUGAGACAGCACCGAAUGAUGUUGUCAAAAAUGACCUGACCACAACAUAUGGUAUUAACCACAGAAGUUCCUUGUGUGAUUUACAAGACUUUGACAUCAGCAUUCAACUCCCACAAGAUAUCAUGCACACUUUGUUGGAAGGUGUUGUCCAAUAUGAGCUACGCCAUAUAUUAUUGCAUUACAUUACUAACAAUACAUUUACAUUAGCACAGCUAAAUGCAGCUAUAGCUAACCAAGAGUAUGGUUACAGUGAAGUAUCAGACAAACCUGGUCCAUUGAAAGAAUCUGUUUUUCGAGGAGAUGAACGAUACAAACUGAAGUAUAACGCUGCUCAGGCAAGGUUGUUUUUAAGGCUGAUUCCCUUUAUCUUAAGCAGUCUAGUGAAUGAACAUGACAAAUUUUACCAUUUGGUUACUGAACUGAUCUCAAUUGUUCAAAUUCUAUUCUCUCCUGUUAUAAGUAUUAACACUGUGAAUCAGUUGAAGGACUUAAUCGCAGAACACCUCACAAGAUUUAAAGAUUGCUUUCCAUCUACUAACAUCAUCCCGAAGCAACAUUACCUGAUACACAUGCCAUCAAUGAUAAAACAACUUGGCCCUUUGAUAAGACAUUCGUGUUUCGCAUUUGAGUCAGCUCAUAACUUUUUUAAGGAGACUGCACGGAAGCAGAAUUUUAAAAACCUUACAAAGUCCCUCGCAGAAAGAUGUCAAAUGAACGAGUGCAGCAACUUUGCUGAUUCCAACAACCCGCAAUCUCAUCCACUAUUUUCUAAUGAAAGGCAAUAUGGCGUACUGACCCCACUAAAUGAGUUUGGUAAAAAAUCAUUGCGAUUGAAACUCGAUGAUUUUGGUAUGUUACCUGGGAUUGUGAUAGACAAUGCAUUUAAAAGCAGUUGGGUUCUUUGCCAUGGAACAAAGUUUAGAAAGAAUGCUGUAAUCAUGUACAGUGUUAAUGAAACAACAAGGUCACCCCUCUUUGCUACAAUAUUGGAUAUCUGGAUUGUAAGUGAUUUUGUCUAUUUUGAAUGUUCAACCUUGGAAACUACUGGAUUUAGUGAACAUUACCAAGCAUACGGUAUUGAGGAAAACAAAACAAGUACACAAAUUGUUUUCUGCCCUUAUGAGAACCUGGUUGACUAUAAUGUGUUUCACAUUCAUAAAGACCAUUUGAAGAAUUGGUACAUUUCUGUCAAGUAUGACAUUAAUGAUUUGCUUACCCAACAUGUCAAGGGUUGCAAUCCAUUAAAAUUCCAUUGA